AUGCUUGCUACCGGCAGGUAUCACAUCGACUGUGCCGAGCGCAUCGGCAUUCCUGGUGGAGAUGCCACCAACAAGAUCCAGCACAAGCCUCUGACCACGCUGCCCGCCCAAGCAAUGCUGGAUGAGGGCCUUGAGGUUACAGAGAAUUUCCUCCCGGACGGCCCUGUGACAAUCGGAAUCACGUCCGGCGCGUCUGGGCCCCGAACAGCUGCGCUUCCAGCAAUGGAAGAAAAACCGGCCGAGGGCGGAUUGGCAGUGAAGGCAGCUGCGAGGGUGGGUGCAGUUCAAGAUAAAUCAUGCAAGAUCGGAGGCUGCUGUGGCAAGGACACCCCGGGUCUCAGCAGAGAGGAGGUGCUGGAACGGAUCUCUUCUCUUCCGAACUGGACCCUUUCACCUGAUGGUGCGUCUAUCAGCCGCUGCUUCGUGGCCAAGAACUGGGCUGCCGCUAUGAACUUUCUCAAUGAGGUCAGCACAUUGGCUGAGAGCGAGGGGCACCAUCCCGAUGUGCACAUCACAUCUUAUCGGAACGUCCGAGUGGACCUGAGCACCCACGCGAUUGGCGGCCUGUCGCUCCCGGACUUCGUCCUUGCGGCCAAGGUCGAUGAGAUCAAGGUGGAGUACUCGCCGAAGUGGCUGAAGGAGCACGGGCCACGCGAGUAG